ACACAUAUAUACACACACACACACACAAACGCCGUCUCUCUCUCUAGAAAUUUUAAUGCCCUCUACGAUAUUCUCCUAGAAAUUUACAAGCAUACAUAGAUACAAAAAAUUUAUUAUUCUAUAUGUUUUUCGGCGAAUAAAAUAAUCGAAAAGAGAGAUUUGUAAAUAUCAUGGGUUUGAAAGAUAUCGGAGCAAAACUGCCACCGGGAUUCAGAUUCCAUCCGAGCGACGAAGAGCUGGUCUGCCAUUAUCUUCACAAUAAAAUUAAUCAUUGUGAUGAUGGUGAUGAUGGUCAUGACGACGAUGAUACUGAUCUUGUGGAAAUUGACUUGCAUACUUGUGAGCCAUGGCAGCUUCCAGAUGUGGCAAAGCUUAACGCCAGAGAGUGGUAUUUCUUCAGCUUUAGAGAUAGGAAAUACGCAACGGGAUAUCGCACGAACAGAGCCACGAUCUCUGGUUAUUGGAAAGCGACGGGAAAAGAUCGGAUGGUUGUGGAUCCACGAACAGGACGGACGGUAGGGAUGAGGAAGACUCUUGUAUUCUACAGGAACAGAGCUCCCAACGGUAUUAAGACCACUUGGAUCAUGCACGAGUUCCGUCUUGAGUGCCCCCCUAAGGAAGACUGGGCCUUGUGCAGAGUCUUCGACAAGUGCAAGGAAUCUCAAGUACAAGAAGACGAGUCAGGGUUUGGCAUUAUUAGUUCCACUCCUCCUGAUCUGAGUUAUGUCCCUAAUUCCACCCACUUGCCACGACCAUCCCCACCAUCGAGUAACAAUCUUCAUGAUCAAAUCCCAUGUGGGUGGGAGCAGGUAAUGGGGCACCAUCGACCAUCAUCAUCAUCGUCCCCUAGUUCAAGCAACAUCGACCAUUCUCAUCAUCGUCAUGAACAAAUGAUGAAGAUCCCAUGUGGUUGGGACCGGAUAAUGGGGUAUUUGCCCUCAUCGUCAAGUCACGGUUCUUUAUUAAACUUGCUAUGCGGCAGUGGAGUUACAAAUGUCACACCGACGACAGAGUGCUGUGACAAUGAGAACAUGUUCUCCGGCAUGGGCAUGGGAUCAUCGUCGUCUGAUGGCUUGGUGUCGGAUAUUCAACUGGUUAAUGACGGGUUGGGAUAUGAGAUUGACAACAGUACGGUUGCUUUCCGGUGAAUAAACAAACACGAAAAAGAACAUAUAUAUAGUUAUGUACAUGUAUACACACACACACACACACACACCUGUUUAUGCUAGUCGCGUGGUUAUUGGGGUCGAGGGUAUAGUUCUUGGGGAUUCUAUACAGGGGAUAAUGUUUAAUUAGGAUAUGUGACAAUUAAUUUAGUGUGCUGCUUAGUUUUUUUUUUCUUUUUAAAUUUGUCCUCAAAACUUUGUUGUUGGUUAUUGUAAAUAUGGUUGCCAAGAUUCCUCAUUAACUUGUCCGA